GUUGUUGAAUAUUAUAAAUCAUUAAAUCACUUUAUGUCUGAGGUGGUCUAUUUCAAUAAUCUAAUUGAUUCCAAGGGUCUUUUCGAGGGAGGAAGAAUCCGUCAUGGAGUCUUCCUUAUCAGGAUCAUGCUUGAAACUUUUCACAACACCUUUAUACCCUUCCUUGGUCUUCAUAGCCUGGGAGAGGGACGUGUUUUGAAGUUCUUGGGCACGCAACUUCUUGAUAGCAAUCAUUAGAAGGAUUAUUGAGAUUGUUUUCACAAAGAAAUCUACUAUAUUGAGCACCAUUAUGAAAACAGAGGCUUGGUAUGAUAGGAUCCUUUCAUUUCUGAUCUGUUGUAAGGCAAUGAAAUAGGCUACCAUAAACAGCGUAUGCAGAAAUAAGAGCGGAGACUGGAUGAACAACACAGUUUUGAGGUAUUCCUUGCUUCUAUAUUUCACUCCAUAAAAUCCAACGAUUCCACUGACAAAGCUAAAAAUUCCGAGGAAGAGGAUGACUAUAUAUACCCAGUUAUCAUCAGUGAAUCCGUACAGUCUUGUUCCAGUGUAAUACCCAGUAGCAAUACUGACAAGGCCGCUGAGAGAGACAAUUCCGAGGAAGAGUUCUCAGAAGUUCAUGUAGGUAAACAUCGCGAUAAACCUCUUCUUAAGGUUUAGGUAUUUAUUCUCGAUUUUCAUUCUCUUAGCUCUUUUCUUUCAGUAUUCAAAAAUAUCAAUAAGAAUACAGAAUACCUGGUCUGUUUGGUUGACUUGGCCAUUAUUUCCAGAGUCUUCACCAAGAAGGCUAGUCUCGAGGUACUCUCACAUCAUGUUUUUAUGGAUCCAGUUCUGAGCUCUGAUCAUGUUAAGGUCUCCAUUGGCAUGAAAGACCAUCUUACUGUCGCCUGAGGCCAUGCUUGACUCACUAUAUCUUUUGACGGAGUCGACUUUGUUAGCAAUAACUAUCCUUGGUUUCAGUUCUUGGUCUAUAUAGAUUUGUCUGAUAAAGAAUUCUCUCAUGCUGGUGAAACUUUCAGGGUCUUCGCAUGAGAACAUGUAAAUAACGGCGUCAAAAGUGGAGAGAUAAUCAGCACGAAUAUCUUUGAAGUUAAGCUCCUCAAUGUCGAUCAUAUAUCUUGAUUUGCUAUAAUCCAGGUCUAUUUGGUAAACAUUUUCCUUUUUGUCCUGGGUUUGUUCCAAAUCGCUUUCAUCUUCAUCACCUGUCUUGGUGAAGUUCUCGGCUAGAGUGGAUUUCCCCACGCUCUUGGCACCGACUAGGGCGAUCUUGAAUUUGACCUCUGGGAGUUCUGAAAGCAUUGACUUA